AGCGCCAUUCCAAGUUGUUCUUCAACGGUCAAAUAGAGGGGGAUGUUUUCCAACGGCUAUAAUGAAGGGACUGGCAUGGAGGGGAAUUCUUCGGAUGGCGGGGAUUGCUAUGGCGGUGCUGGACGGAAGAAUGGAGAGUUGAGCCGGAUUCCAAACCUUGGCUUUGUAUUUGCCAUACAGAUCGUAGUGUUCUGGACCAACAUUGAGUCGGUUUUGAUCAUUUUGUCUUAUCUCACUUCGAGAGUUGAAGCUUUUCCAAGAAGAAUAGUAGUAGCCAUGUCUAAUGUGCUGUGUUACAAGUAUGGUGAGGACAUGAAUUGCUGCAAUUCUCUCCCAGUUCUUCACAAUCCUGAGAAGUCUUUGUUACUCAUUACCUCCAAAACUAAUUUUCAAGAUAAGGCAGAGGUUUUUCUUAAUGAAAAAUCAUCAUGUAGAAGUUCGUUUACUGGUUCAGACAGAGAACUGCCAGUUCCAUGCAUGCUAAGGAAGAAGACUCCUGUUAAAGAAACUACUUCUGUCAAAUAUACCGAGCAUUUAAAUGGGAAGAAGAUGAUCAAUGAAUAUGUCAAGGAGCACGAGAUUAACCGAGGAAGCUACGGGAAAGUGGUGCUCUAUCGGAACGUUAGUGAUGGAAAUCCAUAUGCUUUAAAGAAAAUUUGCAAGUCUCGAUUGCGCAAGGUGCGUGUGACACAGUCAGAAACAGCCAUGACCAAUGUUCUUAGAGAGAAUAUUGUGCAUGGAGAUAUAAAGCCGGAAAACCUUCUCCUCACAGGAAGUGGAAGGGUGAAAAUUGGAGAUUUCAGCGCAUGUCAUGCCUUUGAGGACGACAAUGAUGAGCUCUGGAGGUACCGUGGAACCCCUGCCUUAAUCGCACCUGAAUGCUGCCUGAAUAAAGUUUACAAUGGAAAAGCAGCUGAUAUAUGGGCUGCCGGCGUCACUCUGCACUACAUGGUAGUAGGCUACUAUCCUUUUCUAUCAGAUAGCUUACCAGAAACUUACAACAAGAUUGUGAACAGCCCUCUAAUACUCCCAGAAGAACUAGAUCCUGAACUAAAAGAUUUGCUCCAAGGCCUUCUAUGCAAAGGUGCUAGUCUUUCCUUGAAAAAACCCAAAUUUUGAAGUGAGAAAGAUUAACAUGUGGUAAGAUUAAAUUUUUUUUGCUUUUUCUUUUUUGCAGAUCCUAAGCAGAGAAGUACUUUGGACAUGGUAGCAGCAGAACAUCCAUGGAUUACCAGGGGAAAUUCGAAUUAAUUGUUACAUGUUAUUACAUAUAUCAUUCUACAUAGGUACAUACACACCAUCUUGUACUUUUACAACAAUUAAAGAACAAAAGAAUGUUGUUUUCUCAAACUAUAUAAGAAAGAACACAGAAAAUUAAGAUUCAUUUUCCUCAAAUAUGGGACAUUCUUGUGGCAAAGGUGACCUCGCGCCACUGGCAGAUGGAGAUGGCUCGCUCCCCUGGGGUAAGUCAGAGAUGGAAGCCAGGAUCCGGCGAAUACUAACGGAACGAGCAGGCUUGAAGCUGAGGGAUCUCUUAUUGUUGUUCGAGAAAAUGCUGGAUGACUUAGAAAGGAUGAGAUAAACCAGGGCCUGAACAACCAAAAACAUUGCAACCUUCACCAAAACAUCUCCAAAGGACAUAUCUAGAUUCAUUUUUGAAAGUUUGUUAGAAGGGUUUCUUUAGAAGUUGAAGAGGAAUUAAGGAUAAGAAUGCAGGGGCAACGGUUGGAGCAGGUGUAUUUUAUAGACGGUGGAAAGUAGGAAGGAAUGAGUAAUUUAGCCGCGCUCUUUGACCUGUGUCCUCUGUGACUUGAGAGUCUAGGAGGAAUUUGACUACACGGCAAGUUGUAUUAGAA